AUGAAUGAAGCUUUACCUCAAAAAGAUUAUCAUGAUAGAGUUAGCAGUAACGGCACACAAUCUGAAAAUGCUCGUGGCGAAGACCCCCAUUUCGACAAUGCAAUAUGGUGGUAUUCAUGUAACGAAGCAUUCAUCUACAGUCAAAUAAACAAUAUACUACGUUUAGAAAACUUUGAAUUAUUAAUGUCCUAUCGUUAUUAUAUUAUCGAUUUAUGUGGAAUGAUUGAAGAAAUAUACAUUAAGAAUAAACCACGACAAAAACAUCAAAUUGUUUAUCGCGCUGAUAAAAUUAAACAGUCUGAUCUUGACGCUAUGGAACAGUCAGCAAAAAAUAAAGAUAAAGGCCAACUUAUAUCGAUAAAUGGGUUUAUUUCAACAACAACUGAUAAAGAAAUUGCUGAAUUUUAUGCUAAGAAGCCAUCUAUACGUGCUGAUUUUGUUCCAAUAUUAUAUGAAAUAACACUUGAUCCAGCCAUACCAUGUACAGCAUUUGCCGAUAUCGAAAAAAUAUCGUUUCAUCCUGAAGAAAAAGAAUUAUUAUUCAGUAUUGGCUCAACAUUUUCUGUUGAUAGUGUUGUUAAAAAUUAUAAUGAAAAUUUUCAUCGUAUUAAAUUGACGGCAUGUAAUAUGAGGGAUACCGUGCUGGAUGACAUGAAAUCAAAAGUAAAAAAUUCGUCACAAUCAUCAUUAAGCAUAUUAUUAAUUAAAUAUUUAAUUGAAUUGGAUGAACAUCGUGCUGCUCGACGAUAUUUAAAAUCAGUAUUAGAAGGUCGACUAUUAGAAAAUGAUCCAUCAUUGGUUUCAGCUUGUAAUUGUUUGGGACUUAUUUAUUCGAAGCAAGGCAUACAUGGUAGUGCACUUGAACAUUAUAAGAAAGCAUUGAAUAGCCAAGCUAGAUUAGAAUAUUCAAAUAAUAAUGCAUUAGCUGAAAUUUACGAUAAUAUUGGCUAUACUUAUAUUGUUGGAUUAAUUAAUUCUGAUGUAGCAAUACAAAAUUUAAAUAAAGCUGAACGGAUACAACUGCGUGAACCAGACUUAACGCAGGAACAUUUAGCAUCAAUUUACUGUAAUAUCGGACAAGCAUACUUUAUGAUAGUAAAAAAAAAGAUAAGACAUGAUGCACUAGAAAAUAGAUUGAUGAAAGCUGAUUUAUGUGUUCUUUAUGGACAUUUAUUAAGUAAACUAAAUAAUGAUUUUCAUGAUGCUGAAGUCAAAUAUGAUAUGGCAUUAAUGAUUUAUAACAAUAUAUUAAUAAUUACACAUCCAAAAUUAAUGAAAACACAUAUAGAUAUAUUUAUUGAAUAUGCUAAACAUAAAGCCUAUACAAAGGUAAUAGAAACAUAUGAAAAUAAAGAUUUUAAACUAUUAACUGAUAAAUAUACAGGGAGCCAACAAAAUUUAGCCAAUUUACAUUUUACUGUUGGUGCAUGUUAUAUUCAUGACAUGAAAUAUGAUCAAGGAAUGAACGUUUGGAAAAAUGCUAUUCUAUAUGAAAAGACACAAUAUUUAGAUCAAAAUUUAUCAGCAACAGCAACUGAUUUACCAACUCAGGUAAUUAAUAGUGCCUAUCGAAAAGCUUUUAUUUAUUAUAAUAAUGAAUCAAAUGGUGACUUAUUUAAUCUUGGAAUAAUAACAUCAAAAUUAUUUAAUUAUGAUCAAGCAAUUAAAUAUCUUUUAUCCACUGAAUCAUUGACUAUUGAUCAAAAUAUAAUUAGGUUAAUUCUUCUUGGUGAUAUGUAUUUAGCUAAAGAUCAAUUUAAUUCUGCAAUAAUUGAAUAUAAUAAAGCAUGUGAUCAAAUGGGAACAAAAGAAAAUCAUUAUUUACUUAAAAUUGCAAUAAAUUUAUUGAUUAUUCAAUAUUUAGAUGAUAAUGAUAAAAAAUUAGAUGAAUUAAUUAAAAUAAAAGAUAGUUUAUUAAAUAAUGAUGAUGUUGAUUAUAAUACAAUUUCUAUGAAAGCAAUUAUUUAUUAUGAAAUAUCAAAAUUAUAUUUAAUAUUAGAAAAAUAUGAUUAUGCACGUUCAUAUUCUUAUAAAUCAAUUAAUUUAAAAUCAAAUCAUUUUUCACAUCAUCAUUUAAAUUUAGUAAAAGAUUAUUUAUUAAUUGCCAAUAGUUAUUUUAAUGAAAAAAAUUAUAGUGAAUCAUUACAAUUAUAUGAACAUAUAAUUGGAAUACAAGUUGUUAAUCUUCCUCCUAAUCAUAUUGAUAUAAAAAUGAGUUAUUAUAAAAUUGGUGACGUUUAUUGUAAAAUGGAAAAAUUAGAAGAAGCAUUAGAAAGAUAUGAAAUUGCAUGUUUAGAUAAUUCACAGUCUUAUAUGACAAUGCAUACAAAUUUAGUUGAAUUAUAUUGUAAACGAAAUGACUAUUUAAACGCUACUAGAGAAGAAGAAAAAGUACUUUCUAUUUUACGCGAACAAUUACCAAAAGAUAUUGUAAAAAUAGCUGAAGAUAGAAAUAAUUCAAAUUUAUCUCUAUCUUUAUUUGAAACAUUAUUUACAAAUAGAAUAAAUAUAAUAAGUGGUCAAAUGUUUGCAAUUUUUCUUCAAGAUUUAAUUUUUAUUUAUCUUACAAUUGGUGAUAUUUAUGUUAAAAAAGAAUCAAUUAAUGAUAAUAAUAAUGAAAGAGAAUUAAACGAAUGUAUUACAAUGUAUGAUAAAGCAAUUAAUCUUCAUUUAAAAUUAAUUAUGUAUCAAGAUGAAAAUUUAACUUUUUUAAUAUAUGAAAAACUUGGAAAUUUUCAUGAAAUAAAUAAUAAUUUAGAAAAUGCAAUUAAAAAUUAUGACAAUGUAUUAGAGGAAAUUAAAAAGUUUGAUAAUAUAUUAGAAGAUGUAAAAACGAAGAAGUAUGCUUUAUAUUAUAAGCUUGGAAAUUUUAGUUCUAUAGAUAAAAAGUAUGCCGAUUUAAUUAAAUAUAGGGGUCAAGCAUUAACAGAAUUAUUCUGGUUGGGAUCAGACAAAGUAAAACAAACAAUUGGAAGAAUUAUGAGUAGUUUAGAAGAAUUUGAUAAAAAUAACGAUGACAAAAUUUAUGAAGAAUUAAUUAAUAAUGAAAUAAAUAGUAAAAUGGCAAAAUAUAUUCCAGAUUUAAUUAUUGAAAAAUUAAAUAUAAUAAAGACAAAAUCAUCUUAUGUUAUUGAAGACAAUGAUAAUAAUAAACUUGAAUCCUAUAUAAAAUGUGGUAAAAUAUCAAUAAUAACAAAUAAAUAUGAUGAUGCUGUUGAGUAUUAUUUAAAUGCGUUUUAUUUAUGUGCAACAAAAUUAAAUAACAAUGAAAUAUUAACAGAUAAAGAAAUAAUAGAUGAAAUUUGUCAAAAAUUAAAACAAGAUAAUCUAGAACAAAAAGAUAUCAUUAAUUAUUAUUCGAAUAUUUCCAAUCAAGAUGCGAUAAUGAUUAAUAUGAAAAUUGGUGCAUUAAAUAGAAAUAAUGAUAAUCAUAAGAAUGCAAUUAAAAAUUAUGCGGAUGCUCUACAAUUGUUAGACGAAGGUACAACAGAUCAAAUUAUUGAAUCAGCAAUUAAUUAUAUUCUAUUAAAAGUUUAUUUAAAGCCUGCGGAAAUUGAUGAUGAUAGUGAGAGAAAUAGGAAUUCUACUUUUCUUUCUAUUAAAAACGAUCUCUCAUUUUAUCAAUUGUUUUUGCCAUCCAGUUCUAUAUCUAAUGGUGUUGAUGACGAGCACAUUAAAGAAUAUCGUAGAGAAAUGAUUGAAAAUAUGAGAAUUGAUAAACAUCAACUACCAGUAUCUGAUCGUAUACUCAUUUAUAGAUUAAUUAUCAGCAUAGUUGAAGAUGAAAUAAGUAAGAAAAAGUAUAGUGAGCUAUUGUAUCGGAUAUACUUGGAAGAAGAAAAUAGAGAUUCUUAUGCUCAGCCAUCCUCCGAUAGUCUAAACUGUAUUGGGCAUGUAUUCACAAAAGUUGGUGAUUAUGAAGCUGCUAUUUUAUAUUGGAAUGAAAUUAGAGAAUUUAAAGAACAAAUGUUAGCAACAAAAUUUAUUGAUAUGAUACAUUCACAAAAAUCACCAUUCAUUCAAAUAUACAAUGAAACAAAAUUAUUAAACAAAAAUUUAUCAAAAUAUAUUUUAUCAAUUGCAGAUAGUUGUCAAAAAUGUGCCAAUUAUAGUUUAAAACAUGGAGAUUAUUACAUUAAAUUGGCUAAUGAAGAGGAAGAAGAUGAUAAAAUAUUUUUGACUCAUCGACGUGGAGCCAUUGAAUGUUAUCAAAAUGCCAAAAAGUAUUAUGAAUGUGAAUUAAAUAUUUUAAUGAAAACAGAAGAUAAUGGAUGGCACGAUGAAAGUAUUAAUCGUAAAAAUAUUGAACAUAUAAAUAAAAAUAUUUAUGAAAACUUUGCCAUUUCCAGUGUAAAACGUGGGGAUAAAUAUAAAAAAUUGGCUAGUGAUGAUAAAGAAGAUACAAUAAUUUAUUAUUAUCAACGUGCUAUUCAAUGUUAUCAAUACGCAAGAGAUGAUUAUAAUAUUUUAAUAGAAAUUGAUGAAAUUUAUUUUAAACAAAUUGAACAGAUCAGUGGUUAUAUUCAAGAUACUCUUGAAAAAAUUGCCAAUCAUAGAGUAAAACAGGGUGAUAAAUUGGCUAAUAAUAGUGACAAAGAAGAAGAUAAUCAACUUGCUAUUCAAUAUUAUGAAGAUGCAAAAUUUAACUAUAAUUGUGUAUUAAAUAUUUUAGUGAAAACAGAAGGACGUGAUGAAGUUAUUAAGUUUUAUCGUACCAAUAUUGAACAGACUAAUAAAAACAUUAAACGUAUGACUCAGAAAGCAUUAGGUAAGAAUCUUCUUGUUGCUUAA